UUCAUUUUUCAGACACUGGCGGCAGCAGAACUUUCUCAGGACUGCAUCAAGACUGGGAUUUAGCAAGCAUAGCAAUGGGUACCCAUCUCCAGCUCCAUAGCUGCCUCCCUUUCCUUCUGGUGGGAUUGGCGUUCUUCGUGAAAGGUGCCCUGACACUAGAAUGCUACAGUUGUGUGGACCGAGGAGAUGGAGGCUGCAGUACAGAGAACAUAAAGAAAGUGAAGUGCCCAUCGUCCACCCAUGUCUGUGUGGAAACCGUGGCAGCAGUGGAGUGGAGUCAUGGGAAGUUCUCAGUUGGGGAGAAAGGCUGCGGCUUGGGCAUGGCAGGCACCAACGACAAAGCAGUAGUCGUCCAUGGCAUCUAUGCCUUCUCUCAGUUACACCAGUGCAACAAAAGUCGCUGCAACAACAAACUGGACAUCAAAAAACUGGAACUGCAACCCAUGGAUAAUGUGACAGCCAGAGUUCCCAAUGAUGUGGAGUGUUACAGCUGUGCCGGCGAUGACUGUUCCAUUAACAAUUCAACCAUAGUCAAGUGCUACAACUCUUUCCAGGGAUGCUUCCAUGGCAAUGUCACAAUGAAAGCAGGCAACUUCUCGUUGACCAGACCUAUCAAAGGCUGUGUGGAGGAUGAGGACUGUACUAAGGUAUCCAAAGGAAGCCACGCCAUCUCUCUUGUGGGUUCCUGUUGUUCCGGAAGCCUCUGCAAUGUGGACCUCUCCAACAAAACACACUUUGCUGCCAUGAUCCCACGGCUAGAGUUCCUUCCUGUGCCGGAUUCCAACAGUAGUACAACUGCUUCUGCAAGUACUCAUGCCAACAUACCAGCCUCUUCCACUAUCAACAAGCUUACCCGGUCCGUUACUUCGAGCCCAUCGCUGUCCAGCCAUCCUGACCAUGACCAUGACCAUGACCAUGACCAUGACCAUGACCACGACCAUGAUCACGAUCAUGGUGAUAAAGAAUUCACCUCAGUGAGAAACGGAGACAUUGCCACAGCUGUAAAAGUUGAAGAAAGACACAACCAACAAGAUCAGGGCACAAAAGGGGGAACGAAAGGGGGAGCAGUGGGUUUGGGGGGAUCAGUCUUGAUGGUAUUGCUAUUGGCUGGCUUGUUCAUAUGAAGAGGUUUGGCCUACCUAUCUUUGACAUCUUGUUUUGAAACAAACACAAUGUAUUUGAUCCUAUCGAUGGUAAAUGCCCUUUUACUGAUCACAUGAAUGGUCAUACCUUUUGCAUAGAGAAAGGCUGUUCUCACGUGUGCACUUCUCUUUGCCUUGAUUUCCUGCAGCCAUGUUGUAGAACAUGACAAAGACUGUCUAGAAUGAGCCAGCAUCAUACAGGGCAAAGAUUUGUAUUAUGUUGUUGCUAUGUUUAUAUGUAUCAAAAACCUGUUCUGCUCUUAUGAAACCAUUUUCUUCUGUGUGUGAGACUUAUUGUGUCUUCAUUAUGUAACUUGGACACACUUGGUGUGAACUCUUCCUUUGUGCAUCCUACCAGUUGUUCUCAGCCUUUGGUUCUUCAGAUGUUCUAGACUUCCAAAAUUCCAGAGCAGUAGCCAUAUUUGCUGAGACUUCUGGAUGUUGUACAAAACACCUGGAGGACCAAAAGUUGAGAACACAUUGCUUACCAGUUGAGCUUUCACUUGACAUUGAGAGUAGUCUGAUGUAUUACUAGCUAGAAUGCCAAGUUUCUGCUUGGCAUUUGAUUCUGUACAAGGUGGUUAUCCUUAUACUUUUGCUAAGCAAUUGGUAUGCUACUUCUUCUAUGGAAAUAAUUUGUCAUACAAUAAUAAUAAUAAAGACCCAAGGGUCACUGA